AUGGACGGUCUGUUGAUUGACUCAGAGGACCUGUACACUGUGAUCACCAAUGAGAUUCUCCAGAAAUAUGACAGACCUCUGCUGCCAUGGUCAAUUAAAGCACAAAUGCAGGGCCGUCCCCAGCCCGAGGCCGGCAAGAUCUUCCACGACUUUGCCCAGCUGCCAAUUAGCGAUGAGGACUUGAACCAGCAGCGCUUCGCCCUGCAGCAAAAGUACUUUCCUCGCUCACAGCCGCUGCCCGGUGUAACCACCCUGCUGUCCAACCUUAAAUCUACCGCCUCAACAGACGAGCCCGUGUACAUUGCGCUGGCCACAUCUUCUCACCACACCAACUACAAAUUGAAAACCGACCACCUGACUGACCUGAUGUCUGUGUUCCCCGAAGUGAACAAGGUGCUCGGCGACGACCCGCGAAUUGGAAAAGGACGAGGCAAGCCUCUUCCCGAUAUCUACCUGCUCGCACUAGAGACCAUCAACGUUGAGCUGCGCCUGCAAGGAAAGACCGAGAUUAAGCCUGAGGAGUGUCUUGUUUUCGAAGACGCGGUGCCUGGCGUAGAAGCCGGUCGUCGUGCUGGCAUGCAGGUCGCUUGGGUUCCACAGGAAGGACUCCUAGAUGCAUUCAAGGGUCGGGAGGAAGAAGUUCUUGCUGGAGCCACGGGCUCGCACAAGGAAGAUGAGAAGGCCGAUGCCGAAAAGGAGGCUGAGGAGCUUCAGGCUUGGCGUUUGAAGGGUGCGGGACAGCCUGGCAAGAUUGGCGAUGGAUUUGGCCAGCUCUACUCCUCAUUGGAAAACUUCCCAUAUGAGAAGUAUGGAAUUCGCAUUCCUUAA